AUGUUCCACAACAACAACCACAACAACAAUGUCUCGAUCACCGUGUCCGACGAGGAAUCCGACGAGCUGGGUCGAAUGCGGAUCCGCGCUCGACGGAAGCGCAAGAAACUCGGCAACAGAAGAUUGCUGCGGAAGCUAUUCCUCAGAUACUGGAUGCUGCUCGUCAUUGUUCCCGCCGCGGGAUUGCUCAUAUUCGAGGCCACCAGAAUUGGGCGAAGUUUGAAUAGUUUAAACACGACUAGCCACAUAGAAACAGGCAGUAAGAGAGUUGAUGGAUCUAGUCCCACAUCGCGGAAGGAGCCCCCCGCCAACUUGAAUCGCCUCGAUCCUACCACCCAUGUUGUGGGUGGCGUCAGAGAACGUUGCUUGAAACUCCUACCUCCUGAAAAGCUUGAGCAUCUGGAUAUUCCUGUGGAAGAGUCUUCUAGUUUUCCUGUUGAAGUUGUGUACAUGUCAGAGAGUGAUAGGUCUUUUGUUGGAGGGAAUGUUACGUUGUCACAAUUGCGUUCAGAGGACACACGGUUUAAUUUAUUUACUGGAAAUCAAACAUUUGAGCAGAGAGAUAGAGGUUUUGAGGUGAAAGAAACUAUGAUGGUACAUUGUGGUUUCUACAGUGUGAAUGGAGGGUUUAAGAUAUCUGAUCAAGAUAGAAGUUACAUGCAAAGUUGCAAAGUCGUUGUAUCAACUUGUGCAUUUGGUGGUGGAGAUGAUCUCUAUCAACCAAUUGGAAUGUCUGAGGCUUCGCUUAAGAAGGUUUGCUAUGUUGCAUUCUGGGAUGAAAUCACCGUAAAAGCGCAGGAGUUAGUGGAGCGCAGAAUUGGGGAAAAUGGAUUUAUUGGAAAGUGGCGUGUUGUUGUUGUUCGAGAUCUUCCAUUUGCCGAUCAGAGGUUGAAUGGUAAAAUUCCCAAGAUGUUAAGCCAUCGCCUUUUUCCUGAAGCUAAAUUCUCAAUUUGGGUAGACUCCAAAUCCCAAUUCCGGAGAGACCCACUAGGUGUGUUGGAAGCACUUCUUUGGCGCACAAAUUCUAUGCUUGCUAUAUCAGAACAUGGAGCUCGCAGUAGUGUGUAUGACGAGGCUAAGGCUGUUGUCAAGAAGAACAAAGCCAAGCCAGAGGAAGUUGAAGUGCAACUGAAUCAAUACCGAAAAGAUGGCUUGCCCGAGGACAAGAGAUUUAAUGGAAAAAAAGCUCUAUGUGAAGCCUCUGUUAUCAUCAGGAAGCAUACACCACUAACUAAUCUAUUGAUGUGCGUCUGGUUUAAUGAGGUGGUUCGCUUCACUUCUAGGGAUCAGCUCAGCUUCCCCUAUGUCCUGUGGCGGCUGAAAGCAUUCAAAACCAUCAAUACUUUUCCUGUUUGUACUCGCAAGGAUCUUGUCAAUAGUAUGGGCCAUGUCCGCAAGGCGAAACCUUUGCAAAUCUGA